ACAAAGAAGGAGCACUUAUACACGUGGCGAAUUGAACUGGCGAAAACGGAAAAGUACUGGGACGGCUGGUUCAGGGGUUUAUCUAACCUCUUCCUGAGCUGUCCAACUCCAAAGCUUUUGCUUUUAGCUGGUGUGGACAGGCUGGAUAAAGACCUAACAAUUGGGCAGAUGCAAGGGAAGUUCCAGAUGCAGGUCCUCCCGCAGUGUGGCCAUGCGGUCCACGAAGAUGCUCCAGACAAGGUUGCUGAAGCUGUUGCAACGUUCCUGAUCCGUCACAGGUUUACAGAGCCCAUCGGUGGAUUCCAGUGUGUGUUUCCUGCUUGUUAAUACCCUGGUGUUCUCCAGCACUGAAUCCUGUUGUAAAUAAACUGCACCAGAGGCCACUGUGAUGUAUCCAUAUCCUUUCAUCUCUCCAGUUCAGCAGCAGUGAGAAGUUGGUGUGAGAUUCAUCCCCUAGAUUUAGUUCUCCAGAAUGUGUAAAUGCUUAGGGACUUCCUUGCUGGGAAGCAGCUCGUACUGAAGACCAUGAAAAGCUCUUCAGGCCCUUGGAAGUGGGCUCCUCUCUGCUGCCCCAAGGAAAAGACCUCCUGAAACCCCAAGUAGUCGAUCAUACCGAUCUCCGUCGAUUCUCAGGCUUUCUUGGACCCAACUGCAAAGGGGCCGUUGGCAGUCCAGAUCCACCGAGGGCAUUGCAGCGUAGCCAAAGGCUUCGGGUUUCCUCCUUGGAGUUGUCUCAUCGUCUCUGAAGUGCCCCUUAGGUUUGUUUUUUUUAUAUACACGUUUCUUCCCCGCCCCUAAAGCAGAUGAGGAAUCGGCUUC